CGGCACAGUCCGGGCCUGCAAGCCACGGCGCGUCCGGGCGAGGCUCCGAGCUGGCGAGCCUCUGCCCGGAGGGACCGCAUCCAGCACGGCAGGCGUCGGCUGGUUAGCGUGCGAGGCCGGGACAGCUCGCAGGCUGCGGCUCCGGGGCGGGCACAGCAAGUCGCAGCGCCGGUGACAUCAGCCGGGCUGCUGGAGCCUGAGUGCUGUCGCGCUGCGUUUCCAUGCCGACGGCGGCCCCCCCCGAGGAGCCGAGGGCAGCUUUCUGCCGUGUUUGUUACCCGAUGAAGCCCGUUGCGGGGGGGCUGGGCAGACAGCCUUGCCACAGAGGCCCGUGCUGCAGCAGGAUUGACAGCACGACUCUUUCUGUUUCUCCUUGAGCCCUGGCCAGGCUUCGGGAAGAAAACCAAGAGGAGAAAGAGGGCACUGGCUGUUCCCCUGGACUGUGCCAUCAAUUGGUUUAUUCCAUGCUAGAAAAGCUGGAGCUGCUUGCAGCGGCUCUGGACGCCUCACCCGUGGGAUGGAUGCAUUGCUGAUGGAUGCAACUUCCCUGUGGCUGGGAGAGGUUCUCCAGAUCCUCAUUGCAAACGGGCUCCCCAGUGACUGCGGCUCUGUGUGAUGGUUAAAUACUGGGGCGAUUGGUGAUGUACCUUCCUUCAUCGCUGCGCUCACGUGGCAAGGAGCAGGCCCACUGCCUUGCUUACUGCCUUUACUGCUAGCUUCUCCUUUGGUUACAGACGCUGCCAGUAUUAUUGUUUCUACUAUUUUGUCGUAGGCAGUAAAAUAAGCCUAUCUCAAAGAUGUUGGUGUCUUUGUUCUCCCUGUUGAGCCCAUCGAGUGGCACAACAGCAUCAGCACAUGAUGGGCACGUAACUUGGACAUCAGCAACAUGACUUGAAAGGCCAGCAUCCAGAACAUCUCCUUUGGAGAGAGACUGAGAGGUUUGGGCUCGUUGAGCCUGGAGAACAGAAGGCUCUGGGGAGACCACAUGGCUGCCUUUCAGCACACGGGGCCUCACAGAUCACCCAGUUCCAACCCCCUGCUGCAGCCAACAGCGAGAUCAGGCUCCCGGUCAGGUUGCCCAGGGUGCCAUCCAGCCUGGACCUGAACACCCCUCAGGACGGGGUACGCACAGCGUCUCUGGGCAGCCUGUGCCAGCAGCUCACCAGCUUCUAAGUGAAAAACUUCCCCUGGAUGGGUUUAUUUUUCUGAUGUGUGUGGGUGAGGUUUCUUUGCUCUGAAGUGCCUGCAACUCACAGAACUUGGUAGAAAAGCAUUUCUGGAACUUGGAAACCCUGCUCGAAUGGCAACAGACCAUCUCCAAAGGCACCAGGUGUACCUGUGUAUGCCGGAGGAUGAUGGGAAUCCUUCUGCAGCCUCUCUUGCCGCCGUCUGUUGCCUCCACGGCACCUGCUGGCAUCUCGUCUGCCUGCAGAUACCGCAAUGUAACACUCAGGCUAUGGGAGAGUUGGCACCGAGCAACAUUCGUGUGGGCUCCAGCAGAAAGAGUGCCGUGUGAUGCAUGGCAGGCACGGUGCAGGGCUGACUGCCUCUCCCGCUCACUACCCAGCCUCUGUUGAGCUGAAUUCAGCCUGUGUGACACGUGGCAGGUCCUUGUGCCAUUUGCCGAGUAAACCACGACAACUGUCGAUAAUGAUAUUUCAAGCUCGUGAGGUGUGUGUGCCUGAGAAUGCACAGGGUUUUGUUUAUUUAGCAGACGUGAAACAACUUCUCUUACUAAACCAUUAAAGUUAGGCUUGCGUUCUUUCGUAAAAUAAUUUAGUAAGUUAACUGGAACUCCUCCUGGAAGAGGAGCUCCCCUCCCCUACCGGUGACCUAACAGAGCUCCAGGUGACACGGGCUGAUGUCACAAUGCCAUUUGCUGCCUCACAAGCAGAUCUUCCCCGGGGCAGCAGCAGAGCCGGCACUUCCCUGCAGGGCCUGGGUGCUGCUGCAGCACUGCUCAGGGGCUCUGUCCUUCUGUGGCCAGGAGUCGAUUCCGGGGCAGCCAGGCUGCACUGGGUGACCCUCGCUGACGCGUGGAGGAGCAGGGGCGCUUUGCAGAGAAUUGUUGGUUGGUUGAGGAGCCUUGUUGGUGGAGGCCAUCCUUAGUUCUGAGCUGAGGCUGUCGGCAAGCCACAUGGAAGGCUGCUGGACUGUGAGCGUCAGCUCGGAGCUGGCCUCCGCGUUCCCAACGCUGCUGGAACUCUCUACUGAAGAGAUUGUGGCGGUCUGGGACGCUGUGUCUCAGUACAUCCUGGAACAGAUGAAGCUGGACAAGGGAGUCCUGGUUCCGGGACUUGGGUUCUUUGCUGGGGUCCAAGAGCAAUUCCACAGCAAAGAGGGGCUUUCAGUCCGAAGACCCAUCUUCGAACUGAACAUCGGGGCGCUGUGGCUGCCAGACCUCCAGUCUCCCAACUACAUCAUCCCUGACGAUGUCAAGAUUGAGCCGCUCAACUACCAGCAGCUCUCGCGAGCCUCCGGCGUACCGCUGCACUUGGUGCUGCGCUGCGUGCGGGAGAGCGUGCUCCUGUACUGUCACCUCCUGAGGAACAAGACACCCGUCCCGUUCGUGUUCAAGAACCUCGGCGUUAUGACCUGCCAGGACAACUUCCUCUGCAUGAAGUUCUUCUGCAGCUGCGUUGAAACGCUGGAGAGCAAUGCCCCCGUCCUCGCACUGAUCCACACCAGACUCUGGAUGGAAGAUCCUGCUGACUUCGGGCCAGAGACCGCCGCCCGUGGGAUCCGCGUGUUCCCGAAGUUUCAGCUCACUGUGGAAAAGAGCAGAGCAGAGGCUGCUGCAGACAAGAAAUCCGCAAUAGAGCGGAAGAUGAGUAGAGGGGUCUCUGCCGGCAAGCUGCUGCCAAGGCGGAAUACACUUACCCCCACCAUGCUGCAGCGCAAGCCAGGUUCAAGGCAGCAAAAGUUGGCGAAGGAGCCUCCUACCAGCGCGCUCCCGCCAUGUGUAGGCAGCUUCCGCAGGACAAAGACAGGAGGACAGAAGGAAGCAUCUACUGCACAGACCAGCACUGCACUCCCUGCCACCGAGGAGUCUAAGAGAAUGCUGCAGGAGCUCCAGGAAGUGUCUGCGCUGUGGAAAGAAGCAGACCACACAUGGCCUGUGCACCAGCAGCAAAUAGAGCAAACACAGGCAGAAAUGGCAGCAUGGGAAGGCUGGAGCACAGGGAAGGACCAGCGUCCACCCCAGCUGGUGGCCAGGGAGAGCGUGCGUGUUCCGCAUCCUCCAGCCCAGCCCAGGAGACAGCAAGUGGGAAGGAGAUGGAGGAAGGACGUGGAUCCUGUGCCAGGAAGUAAAAUGGGGACGGCGACCAAGCUGACACUGCAUGCUGACCUCCUUUCCCCGCGAGCGGCUCAGGUGCUCCAGAAGUUGGAGCCGCACCUCCAUCAGCAAGAGGCUUUUGCCAGCACCGCAGAAAGAAACCGGCAGAAGCUGGAGCUGAAGCAGCAGCUCGCCAGGGCUCGAUGCUCGCACCGCUCCAGAGAGGAAGGUGCAGCCAACCGUGGUGACCGCGGUGGAGCUGUCAGCAAGGAGGCUGGGAAGCCGUCCAGAUUUCCACCUGUGAAUGGAAAAUCGUAGAAUCAAAGACUGGUGGGAUGGCCUGGGUGGAAAAGGACCUUGAAGAUCGUCUGGUUUCAACCCCCCUGCUGUGUGCGGGGUCGCCCACCAGCAGACCGGGCUGCCCAGAGCCACAUCCAGCCUGGCCUUGAAUGCCUCCAGGGGCAUCCGCCACCUUUCGGCCCUGGUUCCUCAUUGGCUGAGUACUGCAGGUUCACACUCUUUUAGUUCACUUUUUUGAUCAACUAUUUCUAAGGAUAAGUUACAGAAUACAAAUACACUGUGUUCUACUUCUUCAAACCAAUUGCCCUUUUUAAUAUCUAAUGCAGAAACAACAUUCCAUUCCCACACUGGUGAGCACUUUCCAAUUAUCUCUGAUUAUCUUUUUCAAUGUGACAAUCUUACUAGCCUGACUUAUCCAUAUAGUCAUUGAUCAUCCAAUACUUUACGACAUCUGCGUGCUUAUUGAUCGUACAAACUGCAGUGCACUUACAGAAUGUAAGGCCCGGCAACCAGCACGUCCCGGCUCGCCGCACCCCGGAGGUUCUCCUGGCUUCGGUUCCCAGCGCUGCGCCCCGGCGAAGAAGGAUGCUAUGGGGGACCAUGUCAAAGGCCUUACUGAAGACCAGAUAGAUGACACCAGUGACUCUUCCCCUGUCCAUUGAUGCAGUGACACCAUCAUAAAAAACCACUAGUUCUCUGCUACAUGGGUCAACACAGUGGACUUUAGAACUUGCACUGCAUGUCCAAGAUGAGUUUUUAAAGCUCUGUUGGCAGGCAAUGGAAGUAGCCACUCUUCACAAGAAAAUGCAGCUGUUGUUUGGGUUGCUGAGAUGGACCAAGGGAUUACUAAAAGAUGUUUUGUUGAGCAGAAGCUGGAUUUUGCAUUCCUUGGCAAGUUCCACAGGCAGCAUGAUUUAAGAAGAAGCAUUUGAAAUCUCCUGGAAUUAAAAUGUCUUAGGGAAGAUCCUAGAGGUGAACUAGGAGUUCAGGUCCAGGAAUCCUGCCCUCUACAUGCAUGAUGGCUAACUGAUGCUUCCAUGGAAAACUUACAAGAUUAAUGCGAGGUGUUGGAUUGAAUGACAUUCUGAAGAAAACAACUCCAUCCCUAAAACAUAGCAUAGGAAGUUCUGCAAAAAUGUGCAUAAGAAUUUCUUUAUGCUGAGGGUGACGGAGCACUGGAACAAGCUGCCCAGGGAGGUGGUGGAGUCCCCUUUUCUGGAGAUAUUCAGAACAUGCCUGGACACCUAGUUGUGCGACCUGCUGUAGGGAACCUGCUUUGGCAGGGGGUUGGACUUGAUCUCUGGGGGUCCCUUCCAACCCCUACAAUUCUGUGAUUCUGUGAAAGUAUUACUUCCUUCAACCCUCGUCUGCCUGACAGCUCUACAAGGCGCAGAGCUCAGCUGCACGAGCAAACAGCACAGUCUGGUGCGCCAGCUGGGAAACACACUUCAUUCCUGAGCCAAACAGCUGGCAGACCAAGUGCCUGCACCAGGAGCAGCACUGUCCUGUUAGCCCACAUCCAACCCAGAAAACAAAAGACGCUGUUCUACAGCCAGAACAGAAACUGAGGUUUAAACUGCAGUGUGCUCACACAAAGCAGUACUGCUCUCAUUGCUGCUCACAUGGCAGCAGAGGAACCCCGGUCUGCCUGACAGCUCUGCAUUCUGCAGAGCAAAGCUUCAUCAGCAAAUAAAACGCUACCGGGUGCAAACGUCGAGACACGGAUCUCUUGUCCCUAGAGGGAAUGCACUCAGCUCUGAGCAGCACCACUUACACACAGACUUCUGUCUCACUGCUGCCAUCAGCUGUCGCUGUUGGCCUCUCUAAUGCUUCCACCGUGGUUACUGGACAUCCCCUGCAGCACUGCAGCCACUCAGAAGUAACACUCAACAUUCAUUCCUCCAUCCUUCAUGGCAGAGGACUGCAGAAACUCACUUUUGCGUGGCAGUGAGGACGGCCCAUCCCCAUCGCGUCCCUCUGUGCGCUGCCAGGCGCUGCCAGAUCUCUGGCAGCCUGCUGGCUGCUGCUCCCGAACGGGGGGAACCGCGCCGCGCUGCUUCUGAGGAGAGAAAGGAAGAAAUGUUGGUGGGGAUGGGCAGCCAAGGUUUGCAGAGAGGUUCCUGAUCGUACCAGAGGUGGGGUAUCAGAGUGCUGAAACAUUAUUUAUCACUAAGGGAAAAUACGGCCUGAGCCAUGCCCAUGCCAUUAGCCCAGGCUGUCAGAAGUGAGCACAGAACCCAACCGGUUAUUCAGAAAGGACCAGUAGGUCUUCCCCUGCUCCACCCCUUCCCCUUGAGAAUGAGAAAAAGGAAGAAAAACCUCGCAAACACCCAGCCAUACCUUUCCCCUCACAGAGCAGGAAUUGGAGCCGCGGUCGUCUCCGUGCUGAGACAUGGCAGCUGAAGUCUCAGAGGAAGCCCAAGUUCAGAUGGCUCUCCCAAAGGAACUUCCCCUGCUCCUGGAAGAAGCUGGCUUCACUGUUCCUAAGAGUGCCUCAAUCCCCAAGUUCUCCUUUUGGACAGGAAUUUUGUAGGAAGUAUCAACAAGUGAAAAGUCGAGGCGGGGCCUGGCAGCAAUUUACCAGGGGAGUAAUGGCAUUUCAUCAUCCUUACCAAAACAUGAGAUGGACUCAACAAGAACCCAUUUCCCCUGGAAACAACCAUGCUGAGAGGCACUGCUGGAGCUGGGAACUCCUCCCCAGCCCAGCUUUCCUGCUGAGACACCCCCCAGCAACCAGCCAGCACCAAGUAAAGAUCAGUAUGGCCUCA